GGAGAGGCCAGGGUGAGGAAGUGUGCGUGCUGAGGCUCGGUGGUGUGAUCUGAGGCCCACAGUGCCGCGUGAGGAGCGCUGGAGCUGCAUGAGGUCAUGUUAGGAACUCCCCUCCCCCCAGGGCGCAGUGAUUCAGCGAACGGUAAGCGUGAACCUCCCGACACAUAAGGAACACGUAAAGGCACGUUUGUUUUUUUGUUUUCUGCUUUCCGCUCAGUUCCUCCCCACGGGUGGCGUUCCUCGUCCGGGAUCGGGUGACUCAGCGUGCGUGAGGGCGGCGCGGGCGAAGCGAACCACGGCCGAGAGCGGGGGGGGGGGGGCACUUUUCGGCGUCUCUCGGCACCUCUUCUCGCUGCUUUGCUCAAUACGGGAAGGCGUGUGGAAACAGGGGCGGCGUGUUGCAAUCGGGGAAGCCCGGGCUGCCGAAAUGCGCUGCUCUCCCUUCGGGGCGGACCUGCGGUCCCGGGUUCCUCCCAGGGACGCGUGUCUCCGUGUCACUGCCUUGUGAGCGCGGCGGAGCCGAAGGGGCCUCUGAGGACCGGCGCUCACUCUCCCACCGUCUCUGCUCUCGAACGUCAACGCUGAGCCUCGGAGGGGACGGGGACGUGACGGGCUGCGCCGCGGCGCCAUGGAGGGCUGCUGUUGGUGGUGCCAUCGAACCUGCGUCUGCUGCCUCUCCGAAGAGGAGAGGAGGGACAUCGCCGUGGACAGAGAAAUCCAGAGGAUUCUGAAGGAGCAGAAGAAAAGAGAGCAGAAGGAGAUCAAGGUGCUGCUGCUCGGCACGGGUGAGAGCGGCAAGACCACCUUCAUCAAGCAGAUGAGGAUCAUCCACGGCAAGGGCUACUCGGAGGAGGAGCGCUGCGCCUUCACCAAACUCGUCUUCCAGAACAUCUUCACGUCCGUCCAGGCCAUGACGGCGGCCAUGAGCACCCUGAGGAUCCCGUACGCCAAUCCGGAGACCCAGCUCUACGCCAACUGGCUGCAGGACGUGGACAAGCUGCAGGUGACCCAGCUGGACAGGAGGUACGCGGACGCCAUCCGGCGCCUGUGGGCCGACCCCGGCAUCAAGAUGUGCUACAGCCGCCGCCGGGAGUACCAGCUUCUGGACUCCACCGAGUACUACAUGACCAACCUGGACCGCAUAGCUGCCCCAGACUACGUGCCCACUGCCCAGGACGUGCUGCGGGUUCGAUUUCCCACCACGGGCAUCAACGACUACUCGUUCACAGUGGAGAAGAUCUCCCUGAGGAUCGUCGACGUCGGGGGUCAGAAGUCCGAGCGCAGGAAGUGGAUCCACUGCUUCGAGAACGUGACGUCGCUCAUCUUCCUGGCCUCCCUCAGCGAGUACGACCAGGUUCUGGAGGAGGAUGAGACGAACAACCGCAUGGAGGAGAGCAAAGCGCUGUUCUACACCACGAUCCACUCGCCCUGGUUUGUCCGCGCCUCCAUCAUCCUCUUCCUCAACAAGAUGGACAUCCUGGCCGAGAAGAUCCUCACCUCGGACCUGCACGCCUACUUCCCCACCUUCGCAGGGAAGAAGCGGGACGCGGAAGCGGCCAUGAAGUUCAUCCGGACCAUGUACCUGCAGCAGGCCGUGAAGAAGGAGAAGGCGAAGGAUGAGAAGAGCAAGAGCGUCUACACGCACUACACCUGUGCCACGGACACGCAGAACAUCCGCAAGGUCUUCAACGACAUCAAGGACACGGUGCUCGUCCGCUCCCUCGAGGAGUACUACUUAAUCUGACCUUUGACCCCCGGAAGCGGAGACGGUGGGCCGCUGCGACCGGUCACCGAAGGCCCUCGCAGCUGCGCUCGCCCUCCUCGUGUCCCGUCGGGCUCUCGAAUCUCGCCCGGCUCAGGACGGUUACCCGCGACAGAGCGGAGGACUCGCACGGGUCUCAUCGGCAGCCGGGGCCGAGCUCAGCGGGGCGAGAGGAGCACCAGCGUCCCUCUCCCUCCUGGACACGUUGGCCCAGGAGUGUGCGUGCACGUGUCCCGCAGUUAUGCUGGGACCGAAGCUUGGCCGUUCUGAGACGCAGAUCCCGGCACCUCGCCCCGAUGGACUAUUAGACCUGGUGACGUCACACAUCGUGGGUCACCGUGGAGACAAAAGCUGACGAGUCUAAUUGUGCGUGUGCGCACACGUGCACACAAGUGACUUUCCUACGGUUUGGCUCAGUCAUCGGUAACACACACGGUGCCGUUUGAAGCCACCGCCCUCCUGGUGGACGCCCGACUGAACUGGGGUCCCAUCCCACGACGCUGGUGCAUGAAGCCCACGUCUAUAAUGACACUCAUUACAAUAACAUAGUCAUUAUUACGUUGAUUAUAAUGAUGUGGUCGCAUUUCCCGUUCGCUAUGUCCUGCUCCCGCAUCGGAUCGAACCGGGGACCGAGGGGCCCCGGCGACGGGGAAAAGGACCUUUGGCCACUGGACACAAAAGGAGACCGUUUUCCAGGUAAAGCGAGCGUGAAGGGUAAAUAGCACCGUGUGUGUGGUAAACAUGUUGACAGGUGUCCAUGUGACAGGGAGCGAUUUAAAGCCAUGUUUAUAUGGCAGCGAACACAUGUAGCUUAGCAAUAUUUAAUAGAAAUUAUUAAUGAUGAUAAUAAUAAUAAUAAUAAUUCCCACCCCCUCGUUAUGGCAGUGUUGUUUCGUGUGCCAUUUAAAAAUGUGGUAAAACAGGUGAGUGUGGACAUGUUGUACAAGAUCAGACAGAAUGUGGAAGAACUGAAUUGGUUUUGAACACUAAGCAACAAGAGUAGAACUUUCCUCCUGCGAGUUUCUGAUCCUUUGCAAAAAUGGGAAUUAAACGCCACGUGCGCCACUUCCUCUGUGUCAUUUUCGCUCCGGGGCCCUAAUGCACCGU